GCAAACAAAACAGACAUCAGGUGGGACUGAAGUGAAGCACGACCUUUUUGGCUAGAAAAAAACAAAAAUUUAAACAUAUAAUGCAAAAUUAGAAAAAAAAAUCGAUCUAAAAUGCAUAUAUGAUACGGCUCAUACCUCUCCUCUAGAUUCAUAGCAUCUGGUGAUUCCUUCUUUUCUCCUGCACUCAUUUUACUUUAUCUGUGCUUCUUUCUUGGAGUUGGACAAGAAAAUUUUUUUGGACAAGCCGUCGGCAGUGGAGUAAUUUUGAGAGAAAACACACAAACAAAAUGGCGGAAAAUAAUGAUUCAUCGAUAAAAACUGAAGAUCUGGUGGUUGAAGGAUGCCGCAUGCCUGUAAGAAUGAAGCAAACGGAUGAGUGGCCACUUGGAGAGAUAAUAAGUCGCAAGGACACAGAUGAUGGAGUCUUGUUUUACGUCCAUUACAUCGACUACAACAAGCGUCUUGAUGACUGGGUCACUCUGGAUAGGCUCAACCUGGAGAAGCUCCAGAUGCCGCAUAAAGAAGUCAAAACUCCACAGAAGGAGGUCCUUACACCGAACUGUAGCUCCAGGGCAUCUACCCCUGAGAGGGAGCUACCUGCCCUCGCCACACCAGCCCUUGCUGCACCAACACCGCCCCCAACGGUGCCUCCAUCUGCUCCGAUUGUGGUACAUGUAAAUGGCAAUGUACCCAAGAACAAAGGCAAUCCUGUCGGCAGAAAGAGAAAACUCCCCUUUCUGGAAACAGAGGAAUCUAUGGACAUUUUACGUUUCCAGGAUUCCAUGGACAUCUUGAAUGUGAACGCACCCCGACAAACUGGGAGCAUGGUGACUGACAAGCACCACGAUGACAUCAUCACCCGUAUCAAGAACAUUGAGAUGAUUGUCCUUGGGCGCCACUGUAUACGCCCCUGGUACUUCUCCCCGUAUCCCAUUGAGCUGACAAGUAAACCAAAGAUCUUCCUCUGUGAGUUUUGUCUCAAGUAUGUCAGGAGUGUUAAGUGCUUGGAGAGGCAUAAGGCAAAGUGCAAACUGAGACAUCCCCCUGGAAAUGAGAUCUAUAGGAAGAACCCCAUCUCCUUCUUUGAAAUCGAUGGUCGGAAAAACAAGGUAUACUCACAGAACCUAUGUCUGCUAGCCAAGUUGUUCCUAGAUCACAAGACACUGUACUACGACACAGAUCCAUUCCUCUUCUACGUCAUGACAGAGUUUGACAGCAGAGGCUAUCAUAUUGUUGGCUACUUCUCAAAGGAGAAGGAAUCAACAGAAGACUACAAUGUAGCAUGUAUUCUCACUCUACCUCCAUACCAAAGGAAAGGCUUUGGUAAACUACUUAUUGAAUUCAGCUACGUGCUGUCUCAGUUCGAAGGCAAGACAGGAUCUCCAGAGAAACCCCUGUCUGAUCUAGGACUACUGUCUUACAGGAGCUACUGGUCUCAGGCGAUCUUAGAAUGCAUCCUCAAGCUACCCAAGCCUCCCGAUGGUGAGAGGCCACAGAUCACAAUCAGUGACAUCUGUGAGUCUACAAGCAUCCGCAAAGAGGAUGUGAUAUACACCCUGUGCAACCUGAACCUGAUCAACUACUACAAGGGUCAGUACGUCAUCACCCUGGCAAAGGAUGUGGUAGAUGCUCACCAGAAGGCAAUGAGCAAGCGGAAGAUCCGCAUCGAGCCGAAGUGUCUGCAUUGGACACCCAAGGACUGGUCCAAAAGGGGGAAGUGGUGAUGACUUGAUGGGAAUGUCAGGACAGCCAAAAGACACUGUGAAGAUGAUUGUGAGUUGCUUAUUUAUGGGAUUCUUGCACUUACCCUAAUAACUUGCAGUAAACACCCUUAGAAUGGUGUAAGAGGUAGAAGUGACAGUGUCGUCAACCUGCCCAAGGAUGUGAUUGUUGACAGCAAUGAGCAAAGGGAAGAGCUGCAUUGAGCGAACGUGUCUGCACCCAAAAACUGGUCCAAAAGUGGGAAAUGGUGAUGGCUUGAGGGGAAUCUCAGGACAGCCAAGAGACAUUGUGAAGAUGACAUAUUUAUAAGAUUCUUGCACUUACCCUAAUUACUUGCAGUAAACGCCCUUAGAAUGGUGUAAGAGGUAGAAGUGACAAUGUCAUCAAACUGCCCAAGGAUGUGAUUGCUGCUCAUCUGACAGCAAUGAGCAAGCGGAAGAUCUGCAUUGAGCCAAAGUGUCUGCAUUGGACACCCAAAGACUGUUCCAAAAGUGGGAAAUGGUGAUGGCUUGAUGGGAAUCUCAGGACAGCCAAGAGACAUUGUGAGGAUGAUAUAUUUAUAGGAUUCUUGCGCUUACCCUAAGUACUUGCAGAAGACGCCCUAGUAAUGAUUUAAAAGGUGGGAGUGUCAAUGUCAUCAACCUGGCCAAGGAUGUGAUAGCUGCUCAUCUGACAGCAAUGAGCAAGUGAAGAUCUGCAUCGAGCCAAAGUGUCUGCACUGGACACCUAAUGUCUGGUCCAAGAGGGGGAAGUGAUGAUUGCUUGAUGGAAAUCUCAGGACAGCCAAGAGACAUUGUGAGGAUGAUAUAUUUAUAGGAUUCUUGCGCUUACCCUAAGUUCUUGCAGAAGACGCCCUAGUAAUGAUUUAAGAGGUGGAAGUGACAAUGUCAUCAACCUGGCCAAGGAUGUGAUAGCUGCUCAUCUGACAGCAAUGAGCAAGUGGAAGAUCUGCAUCGAGCCAAAGUGUCUGCACUGGACACCUAAGGUCUGGUCUAAGAGGGUGAAGUGGUGAUUACUUGAUGGAAAUGUCGGGGCAGCCAAGAGACAUGAAUAUAAUAAUGAGUUUCUUAUUUAUUGGAUUCUUGUGUAAGAAUCUGCACUAGACACCCAAGCAAUAUUUGAUGGUAAAAAGAGAGGUGAUCUAUGUUGGGAUGGCCAAGAGACAUUGUGAAGAUGAUAGUGAUGAGUUGCUUAUUUAUAAGAUUCUUGCACUUACCUGAAGUAUUUGGACACCAAAGGAUUGAUCUAAGGCAGGAAAGGUGUUGAUGGUUAGAGGAAGGGAGGAAAGAUGGAAAUCACAUGUUGGAACAGCCCUGUGACACUGUGACAAUGGUGAGUCGCUUAUUCAAAGGAGACUGGAAAGAAAAUUUCUGACAUGUCUCCACACAAAUGAGAAUAUACAUCCUAGAUAAGUCCAGAAUAUUGUAAAGAUGAUAUUUAUUAGUCCAGGGGGGGACUGCUUGAAAGGAUAAAAGAUUGUAGUACUUGUAGUGAUGAGCUUAACGGUUAGUAAGUGCGAAGAGUGAAGCAAGCUGUCAGACUCUCUUGUGGGGCAGGGGAGAGGCACACAGUAAUGUUAAUUGUCAUUGAUUUACCAAAAUAACUUUUCUUUGAGAGAUGAAACCAUGUUUCAUGUGUAAUAAAGAUAUUUUGUUCUUAACCUCUGUAUUUUUUUAGUCACAUGGUCAGUUGAUUUCCAUCAUACAUGUGUACAUAUAUUUGUCCACUUUACACAAAACAUACCACAUUAGCUCCCUCUCUCCCCUCCCCCUUCAUGGUGGCAUAUGUCAGCCAAAGAAACCUAUCUGCUCAGGAAUCAGGAAAUGGGCUUGAUAAAGCUUUUCCAUGGUAUCACCAGGGCAAAAAUUUAAAUACUACUUUUGAAGUCGAUGGAAGUCGACUAUGGAAUGUCAGCAAAGCCAUGAAUCGUUACUGAGAUGUGAUUUGCCAUGUCCCUUCAUAAACAAAAAAGAAGUACACUGAUCGGUCAAGUCACUGAAGCAUGCAGAGGCAUAAGUAAUCUCUAAAAAGCACUGUGGUUGGACAUAUACAUAGACACGUAUGUUCUAGAUGACAAAUUUGGUACAUUCACUACAUUGCCAAUUGGUCUACACCCACUUCAUCUACUUUCCAUUUGGUCUCGUCCCACUUGGUCUUAUCCUACUUUGUCUCCAACUGGUUCACCUAACCAUUUGGUCUAAUUGCCAUUAAGUACAGUAACCAUUUUGUCUAAUUCCCUGUCAGACUACACAUUUCAUCUUAUUUCCACUAUAUGAGUAGAUGAACUGUUUGUGAAUCAGAUUUUCCUUUUGGCAACGUAAAAAAUGAUAAGUAGGCAAAGUUCAGAUUAAACCAGCUAAUAAGAAUUAGCCUUUAUGGUGGUAGACCAAGUGAAGCAUAGACCGAUUAGACCAAAUUGGCUUAGCCAAUGUGGCAUUAGACUAUCUGGGGGAAGACCAAUUGGUUUUACAUGUAUACCAAGUGAAUAUAAACCAUAUUUUAUGGCUUUGCUGAUUUUCAGGGCUUGAGAUUUAACUUUGAUAAAUCAUCCCAGGGAGUAUUCUGUGAAGCAUCUUUGUUGUGGUUUUGAUAUGAAUAACAGUUUGUGGUCUCUCCCCGACUCUUCCUUGUAGGAAUGAUACUCUUGUACUCUUCAUACUUCAACUAGUGGUUAUCUGUGUUAUGGAGGAUUCUAAUGGGUAAACUGCGAAUUCGUCUACUGCCAACUCAUCCACUCACCACAUAGUCUACUUUCAUUUAGUCUAAUGCCAUUCCGUCCAUCAACAUUUCGCCUAACAACCAUUUGGUCCAAUCAUCACUUCCAAUAAAUCUAAUCACCAUUUUGUCUAUGAUCAUUUCGUCUCAUAACCAGUUGGUCUAAUAUCCAUUUUAUUUUCAUUUAUUUUGCACAAUGAACAAUUGGUCCAAUUAGACCAAGUGGUAUAUGGACUGAAUGGCUAUUGGACCAACUGGUUAUUAGAUGAAAUUGUGAGUGGACGAAUUGGAAAUUAGACCAUGUGGAUAAUGGACGAACUGAUGGUAGACCAAAUGAACGUAGACAAGUUGGAAAUUGGAUGAAUUGGCAUUAGACGAAUCAGAAAUAAACCUCCUAAUGUACAUUUAUAUGACAUAUACUAUUGUCACUCUGUGCGUGGAUGUACAUUUGUAAAUAGAAUUGUGCAUUGUUUUGACUAUUUGUGUAUUAUAUUUUGUAUUUAAAAAUAAAAUCAAUGGAGAAUUUAACAUGAA